UAUACAAAGCUGUCGUCAACUUCAGAUUUUGCAACUCACUCGAGUCUUGAAUUUAUCCUCGGUUUCUGUCACUGCUGUUGGGGUUUUUGAGUGUUGAAUUUGUAGAUCCGCGUGAACGGAACGGUGUGAGUGGUUCUUAAGGUUUGGUUGGGGAAUUGAGUGGAAGUUCUGGCGUUUUGGUGUUGCAGAUCAGUGGAAUUUGCGGGUCCUGCAAAUGCAUACGAGGUAUAUGGAGAGGAUGGACUCUUUGAGUAGAGGGAAACGGAGCUCGGAGGGCGAUGAUGAUCAGCCCGAGCGCAAGCGCCCCGCCUUGGCUAGUGUAAUUAUAGAAGCUCUGAAGGUUGAUAGUUUGCAGAAGCUUUGCUCAUCCUUGGAACCUGUCCUGCGGAGAGUUGUUAGUGAAGAAGUGGAACGUGCUUUGUCAAAGUUAGGCCCUGCUAGACUUAAUGGAAGGUCAUCUCCUAAAAGAAUUGAAUGUCCAGACGGACGAAACUUGCAAUUGCACUUUAGGUCCAGGUUGUCUCUCCCCCUCUUCACAGGAGGAAAAGUAGAAGGGGAACAGGGUGCUGCUAUCCAUAUUGUUCUGCUUGAUGCACAUACAGGACAUCUUGUAACAUCUGGAUCUGAAUCCUCUGUAAAGCUAGAUGUUGUUGUUCUGGAAGGUGAUUUCAACAAUGAAGUUGAUGAGGACUGGACACAAGAAGAAUUUGAAAGCCAUGUUGUGAAAGAGCGUGAAGGGAAGAGGCCACUGUUGACUGGUGACUUGCAGCUGACACUCAAAGAAGGUGUAGGAACACUGGGGGACCUUAUUUUUACAGAUAACUCCAGUUGGAUAAGGAGCAGGAAGUUCAGACUGGGCCUGAAGGUUGUCUCAGGUUUGUGUGAGGGCACACGCAUACGGGAGGCAAAGACAGAAGCUUUUACUGUUAAAGAUCACAGAGGGGAAUUAUACAAGAAGCACUAUCCACCUGCAUUAAAUGAUGAUGUCUGGAGAUUGGAAAAGAUUGCUAAAGAUGGAUCAUUCCACAAGAGGCUGAACAAUGCAGGAAUAUUCACAGUUGAAGAAUUCCUCCGCCUUGUUGUUAGGGACUCCCAGAAACUUCGGAAUAUCCUUGGAAAUGGUAUGUCAAACAAGAUGUGGGAUUCUCUCAUAGAGCACUCUAAGACUUGUGUCUUGAGUGGGAAGCUUUAUGUGUAUUAUUCUGACACUAUAAGAAAUGUUGGUGUUGUCUUUAACCAUAUUUAUGAGCUGAGUGGCCUUAUAGCUGGUGAACAAUAUAUCUCAGCCGAUUCACUUUCUGAUGGGCAGAAGGUAUUUGUGGAUACCUUAUUGAAGAAGGCAUAUGACAACUGGGACCAAGUUGUGGAGUAUGAUGGCAAGUCACUUUUGAACCGCAAAGAAACUAAGAGUUCAAGUACCUCUCGAAAUGAACGCACAUUGGACCUGGUUGAUUAUGCUAAUGCCUUGGACAAUCCGCUUUCCCAAGCAUGUUUACCUGUUCCAGUUCCUUCACUUCUAUCUUCAAUUGAUUCAAGUACACUAAUUGGAGGGUCCCAGCUUGUGACUUCUAAUUCGCGUGCCCAGUUUGAUAGUAGUCUAUUUGCUCCACAAGACCACCAGCAAAUAACAAUUUCUCAACAAAUCCACAGUGACAGAUAUGAUAAUGGGGUAGGCUUGGCACUUGGCCCUCCACAAUCUUCAACAUCAUUUCCAUCUAUCAGCUCAACUGUUCAACAGUCCCAUCUUAGCCCCUUUGACGACUGGUCAAACAAUCGUGAUAAGGUUGGUGAGGACUUCUUAUCAGAAGACGAGAUUCGCAUCAGAAGUCAUGAGAUGCUAGAAAAUGAAGACAUGCAGCAUUUGCUUCGAUUCUUCAGCAUGGGGGGUCAUGCCUCUGUUAAUGAGCCUGAAGACGGGUACAGUUUUCAAUCAUAUAUGCCGAUGUCACCACCAAACUUCAGCUUUGAUGAAGGUCGUGGUCGCCCUGGUAAAGCUGUCGUAGGUUGGUUGAAAAUCAAGGCAGCAAUGAGGUGGGGCUUCUUUAUCAGGAAGAAAGCUGCUGAGAGGCGGGCACAGAUCGUAGAGUUGGAUAACGAAGAGGACGUCCUUUGAAAGUGGUGUUCAGUUUUUCAUGCUGGAUAGCGAUGCUUCUUCCUACCGCGUUACCAAUCUGACAGUUAAUGCGAUUCUUCAUCGAAGCAAGCAUGAGCUUUAGCCAUUUGAAGGCCUCUGAUCUCUUUACUGGAGACGAGGAACUCCCUUCUUGUACAGUUUCCUGAGCAGUAAGUCAUUUCAGCUUAACACCCUUGUUAUUUACUCAACUAGGGUGCUGCUCAAGUCUUCUCUUCUCAUCUGGUUUGUGAAUGGCAUUGGUUUAGGGAACCAAUAUUUACUGCUGUUGAAUGCUGUUUAUUAGGGCAACAUUUUCAUUAUCACGACUGUUGGAUGAUGUUCUUGCAAAGUUCUGUUUUAAAAUUUUCUUGUA